UCUACGCGAAGUACGACAACAUAAUCAACGUCAUCAUGCAUAGUCAACCUUUACCGACGUUUGAUCAAGCGCGUUCCAUGCUCCUCUUGGAGGAGGAGCGACUAGGAAAAGGCAAAAAGACCUGGCUUAACAAAGAUGAGUCUUCUUCUUCUGCUAAGGUUCUCAACGUCACCCCAAGCCAACCAGAACAGAAAUCAAACAACUCAAACUUUCAGCAACGCAACUUUCAAAACAGAGAAAACAGUGCCCGUAACCGCGGUAGAGGUCGCUCCACCAACAAUCAACAACGACAGUUCUUCAAUCAAUGGAGCGCACCAUACUGGCAAACAGGAUAUCCAAUGUGGCCACAACAACAGUUCAAUCCAUUGAUGCAGCUACCCCAGCAGUCGCACCCACAGCAGGGACUACUCGGCCCGCGUCCUCAACAACAGCUCCUAGUACAAGGACCACACAACAAUGCCGUUAAUCAGCAAAUACCCACCACAGAUUUCGCCUCAGCCUUCAACACGAUGACCCUAGUCGACCCCACAGACGGCCAGUGGUAUAUGGAUUCAGGCGCAACUGCUCACCUCACAAAUGCGGCAGGUAAUCUUCAAGUUUCAUGUUUAGUGGACCCAAGUUUCUUCUCACAAGAUAUAGAAGUAGAUGCUAAAUUUUUUCUAGUCAUAUUUUCUUUCACAUGUAGUAGGACUAGUGCAGUGUGUUGAAACUUUAAUAAAAUGACAAUUUUUUGAACUUUUUUUGGGUUGUAAGGCCUAAGAAAUACGCCCUCAACAAUACAACAUUUAUAUUAAAUACUAAAUCAAUGGUUGGAUUAAGGACUGUUCCAAUUAAUUCUGGAAUAAAAGUGGAACACCAAACUAAAAAAAAAGUCCAAAAGAAGAGUGGCAAAAUAUAACUGUUGGAACCCUCUGCCCGAGGAGCAACAUAGAUCCCACCAGAUGGCUGACAUGCUCGAAGAAAGUGACACACACCUGGUCUUUAAAAGACGCUCUCACAAAAAAUUCCACUAAACCAAAGAAAAGGUAUAAGACAAAGAGGCCAAUUGCAUCAAGAAACAGGACGAGGAUCAAAGCCCUUUUUAUAGAAAAUCCGAAAAGUUAGCAAAGUGUAUGCCGUGAUGAACAAAACAUGCAUCACUAUUGUGUAGACUACUCCCGAAGUCAUCCUGCAGUUUACACAAAAUUGAGACGUAUUAAAACCAAGCCAAACUUGCUUCUUAAGUUACAAAAAAAAGACACUCACCUGAGGAUAAAUUUUAGUGCACGUCUCUCUAAGAGAAAGUCAUCCAUCUACAAAAAAAAAAAAUAAUAAUAGAGGGUAAAACAUCAAAUUACAAGUCAUCUUUUUCCAUCAAUCUACUUUUGAACCAUAAUACUACUACUAACAAACAAAAUGAGCCUUACCUUAACGCUCAAAAAUCGAAAGAAGCCUAGCAGCAGUCAUAGCAGUCAUAGAAACGCAUAUAGAUUAAUUUAAAUUUAAAAUUUAAAAUUAAAUCUAAUUUAAAUUUAAAUUUUAGUUUUAAUGUAAAUUUUAAUUAUAUAAGAAAAACAUAUAUUAACGAAGCCUAAACUAGGUUUUCUUUACCAAACAUGGAGCAACCAGACCAAAAGAAGAACAGAAACUACUACAAGGGAUCUUUUCCUCACGAUCUAACCUCCGAGCCUGAGAAAUCUGUUGCGAGGUUCCGUUGCGUGUCAAAGCUCUGGUCAUCAAUAAGCACCGAUCCAUAUUUCAUCAACUUGUUCGAAACUCGGUCCCCUCGGCAAACUAUUCUACUUUGCGUCAGAAAAUAUGACAGUCUGUUUGUUUCCUCGAUUCCGCAGCAUAAGCACAUGCAUACUCUUCAUCAGAGUUCGAGCAAGUCUUUCUCAUCUUCUCAGCCUAUUAGUUGUUAUAAUAUGAAGUUCCCAGAAACUAAUGGUUUAUAUCCUACAGAAUCUGUCCACGGCUUGAUCUGUUUCCAGGAAUCAGGAAAGCCCGUAGUUUGGAACCCUAGUAAGAAAGAGUUUGUAACCUUACCCAAGCCAAGAAAGAGCUGGAACGAUAUAACAGUUUUCUUAGGAUAUGAUCCAGCCCAAGGUAAACACAAAGUAAUGUGCCUUCCUUGUAACAGAAGUACUGAUGUGUGUCGAAUCUUAACAUUGGGAUCAGCUCAAGAAUCUGAUAGAGUUUAGAUAUCUCUAACUCCCUGUCAUGCAGCUUCUUCUUGAACUUCUUCAAUGAUUAUGCCU